ACAAACUCACAAGACAAUUUGCCAGAUAUGUAUGUAUGAUUUUGGAUUUGAUUUAAAGAGAAAAAAAAGGCGAAACCUUUUUGCUUUUCUUUUUCACCUAAAAAGAUGGAAAGUAAAGUAACAGGAGGAGAAGAAGAAAAUGGAGAGAGACAGAAAGUGGAGAGAUUGGUGGAAAAGUUGAAGAAUUAUACUACUAAAAAUAAUAAUAAUGGAGAUGGACCUUCAACUCCGGUGCACGUUAGCUUCUCCUCUUCUAAAUUCUACUCACCACCAGACGUUGUUUCAUCACGAAAGCUCGCUGCUGCUUUCUGGGAGUUUCAUCACUACUACUACUACUACCAAGAAGAUCACCGCUCCUUCUUUUCUCCUCCUCCUGCUGCUGCUGCUAAAAUGCACCGCCGACAGCAGCGCCACGGCAAGGCGGUGGUUAAGGAGAAUGGUCUCGACCUCUCUCAAUUCCUCCGGGAUCCCUCUCCUGAUCACCAGCCAGAGAGCGCGGGAAGUCUAAGGAGGCAGAUCGGUCAAGUGCUGAUGAAACAUCACCAAUCACUCGAAAGAAACAACCACGCUCUUCAGCCUGUCUCCCCCGCUAGUUACGGAAGCUCCCUCGAGGUUGCGCCAUACAACAAAGCAGUGACACCAAGCAGUUCACUGGAGUUCCGAGGCAGACCAUCUAAAGAAUCUCAUUACAAUCUCAAGACAUCGACCGAACUUCUCAAGGUACUGAACCGUAUCUGGACCCUCGAGGAGCAGCACGCGGCCAACAUCUCCAUGAUAAAAUCUCUGAAAACUGAGCUGGCUCAUUCGCGCCUCCGAAUCAAAGAGCUUCUCAGGUACCAACAAGCCGAUAGGCACGAGCUGAACGGCGUGGUGAAGCAGCUCGCCGAAGAAAACCUUUCGAGGAAGAACAAAGAAGUCGAACGGGUUCAGGCUGUGAGGAAAGAGUUGGAAGACGAGCGGAAGCUUCGAAAACGUUCCGAUAGUUCGCAGAGGAAACUGGCGAGAGAGCUCUCUGAAGUGAAGCUUUCGUUGUCUGAGUGCGUCAAGGAGCUUGAGAGAGGGAACAAGUCGAAGAAGAUGAUGGAGAUGCUCUGCGAUGAGUUUGCUAAAGGGAUCAAGGAGUUUCACGGUUUAAAGCACGAGGAUUUGGAUAAGGAUCAGAUGGUUCUUCAUGUGGCGGAGUCUUGGAUCGACGAAAGGAUGCAAAUGAGAUUAGAAGGAGGAGGAGAUAGCUCGGUGUUGGAUAAGCUCGGGGUUGAGAUCGAGACGUUCCUUCAGGAUAAGCGUAGGAGUUCGCUUGAAUCUGUUCCGUUUAAUGCGUUGAGCGCACCGCCGCGUGAUGUGGAGUGCGAGGAAGACUCUGGGGGAAGCGACUCGAAUUGCUUCGAGCUCAAGAAACCUGUGGAGGAGUCUCAUGUAAACGAAGACGAUGAAAAGCCGAAAGGAAGUCCGUCGAGUUUCCAAGUUAAGUUUGAGGAUCAAAUGGCGUGGGCUAUGUCGUGUAACGGGAAGAAGAAGACACAAACCAUCAAAGAAGAAGAAGAAGAUGAUGAUGCGGAGCCUGAGAAGAGCAACGGUAAGAAACAAGAGAAUGGAAGUACAAACAAGAAUGACGUGAUGGGGGAAAUGAUUAGGACACACAGAAGAUUGUUGUCCGAAACUGGGGAAGCUUCUUGUAGUAGUUACCCAUCUUCUUGGAGACAAGCGAGUCCAGUUCGACAAUGGACUUCGAGAACCGUAGCAGCUGAACUUCUUGGCUCCUCCGAGGCGUCUGCUGCUAUUGUUGGGAUAGGUCAAGGAGUGAAGGAUAAUACUUUGAAAACAAAACUUGCAAAAAGUUCAAAGUCACGUCUUCGGCUGUUCAAAGGCUGAUUCAUAUUCAUUGUUUCUGUAUAUUUCUUUUUUUUUGUAUAUUUCAAUUUUUAUUCUACGAAUUUUGGGACCUUGUAAACAUUAUCAAACGAUUUAUAUAGUCUCUGUUUUAUUUUCA